AUGUGUGUGUGUACUGAGGCAGGCGUGUUCGUGUAGGUGUAGGUGUGGCAUGUCAAUGUAUGGAGAGGUGACACUUACUGAAGAGAGAAGAGGCGAAUAGCGAUAAGAGAACACAAAAUGUUCAGAUGUAUUGAGCCCCAGUAUGAGUAUAUUCGGACCCCAGUCAGAACAGAGUCCAAGCCUAAGCAGGGGCUGUUCGGCCGUUCCAAGGAUCUGUCCAGCCAUACAAAGGAUCUGUCCAGCCAUACAAAGGAUCUGUCCUGCCGUCCAAAGGAGAACACGAAAAAAGUUAAAGAUAGCUGGCGGCAGAAGAAGCUCACUCAACUGGAAGACAUUGAGCGCCAGAUCGUCAACAACAACGUCACGCCUGUCGACAAGUAUGCCACCCUACCGAAUAGCCUCAGUGCCAUGAAGUUCCUGCGCACCCCAGAUCUCAAGCUGGUGGCAAAGGCCAUAUAUGAUUUCUCUGCACAUAACAAAAGGGAAAUUUCCUUCAAGAAAGGUGAUAUAGUAUUCAUCCGUCAACUAAUAGAUGAAAAAUGGUACGAAGGAGAACACGAAGGGUCAGUUGGCAUCUUUCCGUGCAACUAUGUGGAGGUUGUUCCUUGUGGCAGAAGGAAACCAUCACUUCACACUGAAGGCCAGGCUCGAGUCAUAUUUGACUUCGAAGCACAGGUAUCCAUGAUGUCACUCAGUAAAGGGGAGCUGGUUAUCUUAACUCGACGUAUUGAUGAAAACUGGUAUGAGGGGAGGAUGGGAAACCGCAAAGGUAUUUUCCCUGUGUCCUUCGUUAAAACCAUGAUAGAGCCUGGACCAGACACUUACUCGACUCCCAGCUCCUUGCCUGUGCCACUCCCCGCCCUGCCUGCACCUAACCUCCUCUACAAUUGUGCCUCUUCCAACUCCACCUUGGGACAACUGAGCAUUCAAAAUGAAUCCAGACCUCACCCACAAUCCUUCACCGUCAACACCCUGCAAAAAUCUGUCCCAUAUCGAGCACUCUACCAUUACAAACCUCAGAAGAACGAUGAGCUGGAACUCCUGGUGAAUGACCUGGUGAUGGUGUCGGAUAAGUGCAGAGACGGCUGGUUCUUGGGAACCUGUCAGAGAACUGGCAUCUUUGGAACCUUCCCCGGUAAUUAUGUGCAGAGGAUAAAAAUUAAGCGUGAACCCAGGACAGAGCUGUAACUUUAUCAUUAACUGUCAAAAUUCUGUGCUUUGCUACUUCUGAUGAUGCUUUUUUUUUUUUUUUUUGUAAAUAUAUAAAGAACCUAUGAAAAUUUUUAAUGGUUGCAAAACAGGCUUGCUUUGUAAUUUUAGUAUAGCGAACAGUAUAAGAUUAACUAGGAAUUUACUGUAUUUCGAAGAAUUUAUUUUGUGGAUUCUUAAUGAGCUUGUCAGCUUGUCAUAACCUAUUGCUGUGGUCUUACUGGAUUCAUGAUGUCUGAGUACUGAAGGACAGAGAAAUGUUAGUCAAGGUGUAUGUGGUGUGCUGAGUUGUUUUCUGCCCCAGCUUGUCAAGAGGUCAUGUUCAAACCUUUAUAGCUCAUUUACACUUGUUGUGUGUCAACU